CAUUAGAUUGAUCCUCUAAUCAGCGAUUAGCAAGAUAUAUAAUCCUAAACCGAUGAAAACCGCACGAAAACGUGAUCGAUCAUUCACAAAAGCCAAAAAAAAAACCAUGACUAAUAACAUCACUAAGCUCUCAAGAGUCAAGCCAGAAAAGUCCUACAUACAAUUUCUAACCUAAAUUGAAAAAUUCGCAGUCGAUUCACUGAAUCUGAAACACGAUCAAGAUUGAUUGCGACGAAAUUGAGAUGAUACGAAAAAAACCAGAGACUGAAAUUCGGAUGAUGAAAAUGGAGACGACUUACAUCUACAAAGAGACAGAGGAAAAGGAUCGAUCAAAACGUGGAAGACAAUCCAAAAUACUUCGAGAGAAAGAGCUUCAAUCGAAUCGUCGUCGUCACUGAGCCCGAGAAGAAGAAGAAGAAGAAGAAGAAGGAUUCAACGUGUUUCCGCUGAUUUUGACCGUUUUGUUUCGGGUCGGGUCGGGUCGGGUCAAAUCGGGUCGAGUCGGGUUAUACAAAUA